AUGCCUCGUCCGCUUCUCAGACGUCGUGAUGGAGCUCAGCCUGUCUGCGUUCGUUGCCAGACGGCCUCCAGGGAAUGUACAUGGCUCGAUGCCCCUAAAGCUCCCUUGCCAGCACCAGUAUCCACUCCUCCGACAGCUCCGGCAGCUCCGGCAUCACGAUCAUCCAGAGCGAUAGCGCUAUCUCCAGGUCGGGCCAGAGCCACCCCCGCAUCGCGCCCUGAACCGAAAGACGUUUUUGUAUCGGUACACCCGCCCCGAGAGGCUCUCAAGCAUACGCAAGUUGCCGAACGCCUCCGCCACUACAUCUUCUUCCUAGCGGACUGGUACGAUCUACACGAUGCUCAACGCCAUUUUAGAAUCACUGUUCCAUCGCUGGCACAAACCAACCCCUUGCUGCUCAGUGCGACCGUGGCGUUUUCCGCCGCGUCCCAGUAUUGCGCUGAUUCUUCAACGCCUCGAGAACAGAAAGCCCAUCACCGGGAAGUAGCCGAGGCAUAUAAUGCCGAGAGCAUCGAAAUGCUGAUCACGGCGACGGAAAACCCGGAGAAUUUUCACAACGGACAGACCCUGGCGGCUAUCUGCUUGUUGAGAUCCUACGAGCUUAUCAUGUCCCGAGACGUUCGCUGUCAGAACCAUUUACACGGGCUGUACUCGCUCAUCACCAGUGAGCGGACCGAACCUCAAAGUCGCCUGUUUGACGCCGGAUUCUGGAAUUACCUGCGGUAA